AUGACCGGUCAGGUUGCAAACAGAUCCAUCAGGAGAUCCUUGGGCAUCUUGAAGAGGGCGACAACCGAAGGACACAUGCCUGGGCUCGCAAGAUGGCGAACUGUGAGGUCUGGAAGAAUUCUAUGGUUCAAUGAACGAGACGAAGAGAAGACGUCGAAAAAGAAGGAAAAGAGGUCUGAUGGCGAUAUCUUAAGCAAGCAGGAAUCUAUGAGAGAUUCGGCCAGUCGUGAAUACAUCUUCGCCAACACGAGUAAGCUGUCCGUCGAAGCGCUUGAGGACCAGCUGUUUAGGUCGCGCCAGCUGCCUAUCCCUCCUCAUUUCUUUUCUGGGCUCAGACGUGGAGUGAGUGUGCAUCAUGCCGGAAUGAACAGACAGUAUUGGCAAGUUGUUGAGAUGCUAUACAGGAAGGGAUUCUUGACAGUCGUCAUUGCUACCGGUACCAUCUCCCUAGGCCUAAACAUGUCGUGCAAGACAGUCGUAUUCACUGGUGACUCGAUUUUCCUGUCGGCGCUCAACUACAGGCAGGCCUCUAGGCGUGCGGGUCGUCGCGACUUCGAUCUCCAGGAAAAUGUGGUAUUCCACAAUAUACCAGCCCAACGAGCAGCGGAAAUCAUAUCUGCCAAGCUGCUUGAUCUUCGUGGGCAGUUCCCCAUCUCGACUACUCUCAUUCUUCGCCUCUUCACCUUGCUCCGUGGAACCGAAAACUCAGACUACGCGACCAAUGCAGUCAAGUCUCUUCUGACACAAGCCCAACUGUUUCUAGGAGGCCCUCACGCACAGAUGACAAUCAACCCCCACCUACGGUUCUUGAUCGAUUCUCUUCGUCAGAAUGAGCUACUGUCAAGUGAGGGUGCACCGUUGAACUUCGCUGGUCUGGUUGGCCAUCUGUACUUCACGGAGGAUGCCGCCUUCGCCUUCCACGCGCUACUGAAAGCUGGAUAUUUCCAUGAGCUCUGUGCUGAGAUUUGGUCGCGGAGAUCAGCGGUCCUGCUCGAACUGAUGCUUGUUCUAUCACAUCUUUUCUGUCGCAUUCCAUGCCUGAAGCCCAGGAAUGACGUCAAGUGCUCGCCGUCAAUUGUUAUCCUCCCUAAUCUCUCAAAGAAAGCAUAUCAUUUCCUGAAGACACAUAACCGCGAUACUCUGGAGACUUUCCGGGCUUAUGUCGCGACAUAUGCUCAUCAAUAUCUACAAGAUAGUCUUGAUACACAGCUCCCGUUUUCAAAGCGUACAGUGAAGCCUUGCAUUCAGUGCCCCGAUGUAGCUGACCUUCUGCCGUCGCUUCAAGCAACUGCAGUAAAGUCUCCAUUCAGUGCACUUUUUGGGUUUACCGACAACUUCCAAAGCAUCGGAGAGCUGUGCAACAGUGUUCGAAGUGGUGUCUUCCUUGAAGAUCCUGCCAUACCGUAUAUUCGCAUUGUGCCAGAUGAAACAGGUGGAGUCCCUUGGAAUGCCUAUCUAUACGACUUUUACAAGCACGGAGACCUGACCGCAUUGGUCCGGGACAACGGAAUCAAGAGGGGUGAUGUCUGGUUCCGUCUAAAGGACUUUUUCGUCAUCCUAGCUACUAUCACGACGAGCUUGGGGAAUUUCCUGGAUCCAAAGGCGAAGGUGGAUAGUGUAGUCAUGGCCGACAUCCAGGACGCUAGU